AUGAGCUUGUCUAUCAGCAGACGAGAAUGUUACGCAAAAGCUCUUUACGUAGAAGUCGUAUUGGAUAUGACAAAGGGUUUAAUAUCAUCUUCGGAGGAUCUUCAAUCGUUUCAAUCAAUAUUUGAAUGGCUUUUGAACGGAGUGGUCAACGAAGACGAGUUUCAAACGUUAAUGCAGCAAUGGGUGAAUCAAAUCAUUAAUUUGGGAACCACACAAAAACCAAAAUCAACAUUAACCGAGCAGGAAUGGAUGAAGGCUAUUGCACCAUAUUCGGAAUAUCAGCUGGAUGUAUUGUUAGGAUUAUUUGUAAAAAUUCAAAACAAUGAAUUGAUGGCAGCAUGGAAUGUAUCUGAUCAGUGGAUUAAAUCGGUUGAGCAUUUAUUCUUCUUGCUUGACACUGAGAACAAAACUCUAUUGUCUGUAGAAGAAAUUUUGAUUUUAUUGAUUGUAAUUUCCAGCGACUCUGAAGAUCACCAACUCAGCCAUGCUGAACAUUUGCUGAAACAUACGUUCGAAAUUAUGAGGGAGUGCAACGCUUUCACAGGUUUUAUUACUCUCCGAAGAUUCAAAGAGUAUUUUCAUAAAAAUUGCAUGGAAAAAGAAAUAAUAGAAUCAUCAGUGGUACUCAUUGAACGAGAUGUUGCUGAUUUGAAUUUGAUAAGCAAAAGUACCAAUCAUGACUGUCAUCAGUUGAUCAUUCCUUUACUGUGGCGAGAAGCUGUUGAAGAAACAAAAGGGUUUUUUUCAAACGGAGAAAGCUACGAUCAUUUUUCAUCUAACGUUGAAAACUUCCUUAUUAACGAAGCGUUACUUCAAAAGUUCCUUAUCAACAAUUUUUCGCUUGAGAAAUCUGGCGCCAUACACUUGCUGUAUGCAUUCUCAAAGUCGUCUUAUGCAGACAAAACAAAACGAAAUCAGUUUGAGCCCAAAACUGACCCUCUCUUUGUUAUUUUUGAAAAAACUCUUUCUUACUUUGCUGACCUCGUUCACCAAACUGUUACUUGCUUUGCAAGUGUUGAAGAAAAGCAUUUACGUAAUGAAUCUAGUUCAUUUGUACAUAACAACAGCACAGGAACUACAGCAAAUGCAUCUGGGAAAAGUAACAUCGUCGCAAGAUCCCCUUCUCAGCUUGAGCUGAAAGAGAACAAACAACCAUCUUUUUACACUCCAACUAAGAAACUGCAAGAAGUGAAAGAUUUGAAAACAAUAGGAGAGCUCAAUAUCAAGCUUCCUUUUGAUAUUGACAAAAUGAUAAGAAAUGCAGAAUGGAUUGACAUUAAGCCGUCUUCGAUAAUGGAGACAGCAUUUCUACCUUUAAAAAACGCAACGAUCCGAACCAUGCGAAUUACCGUUGAUGAAUCCAUUAAGAAAUCGCUUCCACCAAGCCCAUCAGUGAAAACAAACCAUGAACCACCGCGUAAGAAUGAGCAAGUUACUGAUGUCAAGGAAAUAAUGCAUGAAGAAGGCAAACAGGAUGAAGUGCAAACGCAGCCAAUUGUGAACAUUACAACAGUAACAAACGUUCACACCACCCUUUCUGACCAAGAAAUCCAAGAUGAAGUCGACAAAUUUAUUUCAAACUAUACGUCAACACCUCCAUUACAAAAAGAGCAAUCGUUUUCAGAAGCGGACACAAUCCACUUUCAUCACCUUCUUAAACAAAAGGCUAAUCUUCGAUCAUUUAACUUGGGUUCGCCAAUUGAAAAAGAUCAUUCCAUGCCUGAGGUUAAGAUCGAUGGUAAAACAGAACACACAAGUGAGACAACGACAAUAUUGAGCACGAACAUACCUUCCAACCCAAACAACAUUUCUUCCUUGGAAUUUCUGUCCCAACCAAAAGAAUAUGAGCCUGAUGUAAUAUUUAUGAGUGCUGAAGACGCGUCCAUACUUUCCCCAAUACCUGUGGCUACAGUACCAAAGAAGUCGAAAACUGGAAAGAGUGCAUCAGGCUCGUUUGGAUCUCCUAAGCCUUCACCUAGGAUAAUCAGCUCAAAUACACCUGGGUCUUCAUCUCAGUCUCAGCUCAACACUACACCUCGAGAAUCACUCAGUGUCAUCCUUACCAGUGCUCUCCAGGAUACGUCAAAGAUACUCAAAAAUGAUCUCGACUAUUCACCCUCAAAAACCAUAUCUGUUAAAUUGUCUGACUUUAUUUCGACAACUGAGAGAAUUUCUUCCAAAGGUGUAACACGCAGUGAUAAGAAGCCUUCAUUUGCAAAAAAACCAUCCACUCUCAGUCCAAAGCCAAUACUCAUUUCGAAACAUUCAUCCAAACCAAAAAUUGUCGAAGAUACAUUAACAACUAGCAAACCAGUACUUCCCUCACAACAAAAGACAAGUAUCAGAAAAUCUUCAAAGAUUACUACGAGGAGGUAA